AUGGUUGGCAUUGCAGAGCAUGUUGGCCACGCAAUGACCUACAAAGUUCUUGACCCAAAGACCAAUACUGUUCUUUAUUGGUCUGAGCUACGUAGUGCCCAAUCACCUACGGACCCCAACAAGAGCCUUGAAGCAUCUGAUGGGGAGGAACCGACACCCCCUACUAUCAUUAAAUCUUAUUCUGAUAAAGUUCCUGAUGAUAACUUGUCUUUAAUCUAUGAUAGAGAUGAGAAGCUGCGUUCAGAUGACGCCAAGGCCUUGGUCCACAACCGUGAUCUUAUCGGUCGGAUCUUCCUUCUUGAGCCUGAUGACGAAGGUUACGUACACCGAGCUAAGAUUGUUGACCUUAUCGAUCAACAUAAAGAAAAGACAACCAGCCAACCUGAGCACAUCCAAUUCCGUGUAAGUGUCAAUGACGAUGAGUACGAAGACGUCAUGGCCUACAACGAGAUCCUGGAGAGACUUGAGGCUGACCAGGAGAACCCAACUGUCUGGAAAUUCAAACAGAUUGCCGGACAUCAGGGACCACUUCACCCAAGUCAUCCAUCAUACAUGGGAUCCAAGUACAAUGUGACUAUGGAGUGGGAGAAUGGGGAGAUCACUCCUGAGCCACUGAGUGUCAUAAGAUGA